AUAAGUUAUCAACCCAAGGCGGUGCUGUGUGGUCAGUGCGAGCUGUCCUUUCCACCAGGAUGAGCCUGCCGGCAAACCAACUCAAGGAGCCCAGCCAGGAGUCUCUGCCCGCCAACCAACUCAAGGAACACAGCCAGGAGUCCAGGAUCGUGGGCUUUGACCCGGACGUCGUUGUGGAGCUGAAUGUAGGCGGACAGUUCUACACCACCACCAUGGGCACCCUGAUGAAACAUCCGGGCUCAAAGUUUUCCGAGAUAUUAUCCCGAUCAGCAAAAUCCUACAAGGAUGCCCACGGCCGCUUCUUCAUUGAUCGUCCUGGCACCUACUUCGGGCCUAUCCUGGACUACCUACGCACUGGGCAAGUGCCCACAGAGAACAUUCCUGAGGUUUACCACGAGGCUAAGUUCUACCAAAUCCAUCUCUUGGUCAAGGUUUUGGAAGACAUGCCCCAGAUCUUCGGUGAGCAGGUGGCUCGCAUGCAGUUCUUGCUGGGAGUGCCAAACUACAGGGAGAACCUGGAGGUCCUGUUGCACCUGGCUCGGGCAGAGGCUGUAGCAAUGCGCUCGUCGAAGGUGGUGGUGUGUGUGGUGCACACGGAAGAGGAGGAGGCCAAGUGCGUGGAGCCGCUGCAUAUCCUAGAGGCCAAAAAGACACCCGUCGUCAAAUUUGGGCCCUGGAAGGCAGGUCCUGGGACGGAGGACUUUGUGUACUGCCUGGAGAAGGACAUUAGAGCCAAGGGGUAUACGGUGUCCCCUCAGAGGUACCAUCUGAGCAGGGACCCCUAUUCAUGCUUCUGGAUAUUCACCUUCACUUGGUGGUGAUCCCUUAGGAGUGGGGACUGUUUGUUAGUGGCUGUGGUGGAACUCGUGAAACCAGUUACCAUCAAGAGCCAUGUUCUAAAGCUGGCCUGUAGCUCCAGUACUUAGGAGGCUGCAGAAGACCCCACUGAAACAGCUCGGGAGAGGUCAGACUGUCCCCCUCUGGAGCCUGAUCCUGCUGGCUGGGAUAAAGUAGGCUUUCUCCCGUCUUCUGGGAAAGGAAGCUUAUCAAAUGUUUAACAGAUCAAAGGGUUCCUUCUUACUUGUUGGGAAAUAACCCUGAUGUAAAAACUCCUCUAGCCUGCCCCUGGUGUGAUGUAAUUGUGUUUUUGUCUUUAUAAAUCCUGUAGUGCUCAAUUUAGAGGCCAAGAGUUCUUUGUGGCAGGACUCACAACAGCCACAGAUUAAAUAAAGGACUCUGAUCUGGC